GGUCUCGGAGAACCAGCUAGUUUGUGUAUAUAAGGCGUUGGGACGAGUUAUUCUACAGGUCACAGGCACAAUGUUCGGGUUCGUGAUACUUGCAAUCUGCCUUAACUACGCCUACAGCUGUGGCGUGCCAGCUGUGCCGCCCAAUGUUGCCAGGGUAGUUAAUGGAGAGGAUGCAGUACCACACAGCUGGCCAUGGCAGAUCUCCCUUCAAUACCAGGGAUCCAGCGGAAACUGGGGACACACCUGUGGUGGCACUCUGAUCAAUGAAAACUGGGUCCUGACCGCUGCCCACUGCAUCAGCUCUGCGAAUACAUACAGGGUUUAUCUGGGCAAAUACAGCCUGGAUACUGCAGAUGAACCAGGUUCUAUUGCCAUCUCCGCUGAGAAGAUCAUUGUCCAUGAAAGAUGGAGCUCUUUUCUCAUCCUCAACGACAUCGCUCUCAUCAAGCUGUCCCAACCCGCACCACUCAGUGACGACAUUCAGCCAUCCUGCCUGCCCCCUAGUGGCGUCCUCUUGGCCAAUAAUUCAGACAGCUAUGUGACUGGAUGGGGUCGUCUGUACACUGGCGGACCCAUCGCUGAUAACCUGCAACAGGCUCUCCUCCCAGUGGUGGAUUACCCUACCUGCUCCAAGUCUGACUGGUGGGGCUGGCAGGUCAGGGACACCAUGGUCUGCGCCGGCGGUGACGGCAUUGUCUCCGCAUGCAACGGUGAUUCCGGUGGCCCCCUGAACGUUAAGGCUGAGAACGGAUCCUGGCAAGUGCACGGCAUUGUCAGCUUCGGCUCCGGCAUCAGCUGCAACUACGAGAAGAAGCCAACCGUCUUCACCAGAGUCUCCGCCUACAUCGACUGGAUCAACGACAAAAUCGCCAACAACUAAAAGUCCUCUCCCGUGACGGGACCGCGGCGGCGGCGGGAUUCUCCAUCUGCUCUUUUAUUAUAUACACUUGUCUUGGAAUUUUUUUGAUCCAAUAAAAAUGUGUGAGCAAAACGGGA